GCCCGCAGGUGUCCAGCCCCAGCGCUAAGCUGGCUGCGCCGUCGUGCGGCCGCGGGUGGGGAGUGCGCGUGCGUGACGUGUGCGCUGGGCCCACAGGGAGGGGGUGGGGCUCCGGGAAGGAGUGAGUGCGCGUGCGCGACGUGCGUGCGCGCCUGGCGUUUUGACGUGUGUGCGUGCGUCGUAUGUGCGCCGGGCUUACUAGGAGGGGCGCGGUUGUAGGAGAAGCUGGCAGGGCGUCAGAUGUGAAUGAAUUGCUCUGAUCGAAUAGUCGACAUGAGGCUCGGUCUCCUUAUCUGUAAAGUGUGGAUGUCAGUAAUACUUGCCGCAUGGCAUUGUUCUGAGCACUCACAUUUUGCUAGCUAUUUGUUUGUUAUUUAUGUAAUACAUGCGGCUGGAGCUUGGACAAGUCUCUAGGGCCUUCAUUGCUCAGUUAACUCAUUUGUGCAAUGGAAGAGGAUAGAGGCUGGACUAGCUAGCCACCAAGGCCCUUUCCUGGCUCUAACAUUCCCCAGGUCCCCAGUUAUUAUUUAUUAUGUAUUCAUUUGUUAUUUGUUAUGUAUAAGCAUGACAGUAUCCUGAAGCCAUCGAAGGCUGUGUGACGGUGGAAGGUCUGGGACAAAUUUAAGAAGAGCGAGAACCUAAAUUGGUAAUAAAUCAAUAAGAAACAAAUGUUUACAUUCACUCAGUGAAAAGUAUCAUGUCUAAGCUCAACAUAUAUCGGAGCCACACAUGGACACCUCUCCCUCCUUCACUAAGAGCGGAAAAUGAACAGAUCCCAGGAACAAGUGUCAUUCAAAGAUGUAUGUGUGGACUUCACUCAGGAAGAGUGGUAUCUGCUGGAUCCUGCUCAGAAGAUACUAUACAGAGAUGUGAUUCUAGAAAAUUACAGCCAUUUUGUCUCAGUAGGAUAUUGCAUUACUAAGCCAGAAGUGGUCUUCAAGAUAGAGCAAGGAGAAGAGCCCUGGAUAUUAGAGGCAGGAUUCCCAAGCCAGUGCCACCCAGAAGACUGGAAAGUUGAUGACCUGAUAGAGAGCAGCCAGGACAAUGAAGACGAACAUUUUUGGCAACUUGCUUUCACCACCAACAAAACAUUAAAUGUAGAUAGUGGUGAUAGAGUAAGAAAAGCUUUCAGUCUGGACACAGAUUCUGUUCCUUCAAGAAAUUUUCCAUGUAAGAUAUGUGACUCGUGUGAAAUGAGUUUGAAAAAUAUUUCAGGCUUAAUUAUUAGUAGAAAGAGCUAUUCUGGGAAGAAGCCUGAUGAGUUUAAUGUAUAUGAGAAAUUGCUCCUUGAUAUUAAGCAUGAGAAAACACCUCCCGGAGGGAAAUCUUAUAAAUAUAGUCAAAAAAGGAAUGUGCUCAAUCAUAGCCACGACCUCAGUCAGCCAAUUUUUGACCCGCCUUCUGAGUAUAAUGAAGACGGACAAGCCUUCCAUGAGGAAGCGGCCUUUUUCACAAACAAGAAAAUACAGAUAGGAGAGACGCUUUGUAAAUAUAAUGCAUGUGGAAGAACCUUCAUCCACAGUUUAGAACUCAGUUUAUCUCAGAGAACUCAUUUGGAGAUGGAGCCAUAUGAAUGCAAUAUUUGUGGGAAGUCCUUCUAUACAGAUUUAAGAUUGGGACAUCAGAGAACUCUUACAGGAGAGACUCCUUAUGAAUACAGUGAAUAUGGGCAAACCUUCUGUGAUAACUCAACUUUCAUUAUCCAUCAGGGAACCUAUACAAGAAAGAUUCCCCACGAAUAUAAAGUAGGUCCUAAAACGUGGGAAAAGUCAACCCUCUUUAAACGUCAGAUAGUACACAUGGGCAAAAAACCUUAUGAGCACAAUGAAAAUGGAAAUAACUUCAACAAGAAGUCACAUCUCACCCAGCUUCGAAGAGGUCACUCAGGAGAAAAAACCUUUGAAUGUGGUGAAUGUGGGAAAACAUUCUGGGAGAAGUCAAACCUCACUCAACAUCAAAGAACACACACAGGAGAGAAACCCUAUGAAUGUACCGAAUGUGGGAAAUCCUUUUGUCAGAAACCACACCUUACCAACCAUCAGCGAACACAUACAGGAGAAAAACCCUAUGAAUGUAAGCAAUGUGGAAAAACGUUCUGUGUAAAGUCAAACCUCACAGAACAUCAGAGAACACACACAGGGGAGAAACCGUACGAAUGUAACACAUGUGGGAAAUCCUUCUGCCACAGGUCAGCCCUAACUGUCCAUCAGAGAACACACACAGGAGAGAAACCCUUUAUGUGUAAUGAAUGUGGGAAGUCCUUCUGUGUGAAGUCAAACCUCAUUGUUCAUCAAAGAACUCACACAGGGGAGAAACCCUAUAAAUGUAACGAGUGUGGGAAAACCUUCUGUGAAAAAUCAGCUCUCACUAAACAUCAGAGAACUCACACAGGAGAGAAGCCCUAUGAGUGUGAUGGAUGUGGAAAAACCUUCAGUCAGAGGUCGGUACUUACAAAACACCAGAGAAUUCACACAAGGGUGAAAGCUCUUUCAACAUCCUGAUGUCCAGAAACCUUCACCCACCCUUUCAAAUUCUUACACCAUUUUUAAAAAUGAGACGAAUGAAGCCCAAAGAAUGCCUCACAUUACUAGAAAGCGAUGUCUUAUCGUAUUUCAGAUAAUUAAUACUAGCAUAAAACCUUACUGAUAUUUUGAAUAUGUGAAAGCUCUCAAGAAAAACUGAAGCUUUUCAUCAGAAAAUUUAUAUUGAGGGGAAAUUUAUUCACUUAAGGAAUGUGGUAGAAAUCUUUGUCUAGAAUUUGCUGUGUCAUAUUCCAGAUGUGAUACCAAAUUUUAUUGUAAAUAUAGUGGAUGGUAUUCAUUCAUACCCAUAUUCACAGUGGAAUCUGAAGCUUAAAAAAAGUUGAGUCACAACAAUAUUAAAUAUUUGUUUUGCAGGCCUGAUGUUUGCAGGCCUGAUGUGGGUAUAGUAAUAUAGCAGAAGUUAGAGGUAUGCUUGAUUUGCAUAUUGGAGUCCAACAUACUUGUGAAGAGAAAAUAUCCCUUAAUUAAAUAGCUAUUAUGGUCUAUAUUAGUAUCUCCCACGCUAAAUACCACCAGUGUCUUUAUAGGUUGAUAUAAUUGUAUAUGUAUAUAUAUGUAUAUGUAAAUAUAUUUAUACACAUGUACCCACACGUACACAGUGGUGUGUUAGAGUAAGCUCACACUGGCUUGCAGCUGCCAAUGGUUAAAUUUUCGGGAAUUUUGUGAGCCAGUUGUUAAACAUAGUCAUUAUUUAAGAAUUAUAUUAAAAAGGUAAUAAAUACACAGCACUCCACUUCUUAAUUAUUUUAUAACAUUUUGCUCUUUGUUCUUUAGGUUACUUAUAUUAUCGAGUCUCAUGGUAAAAAUACCAUCUAAUGUGCUACUGCACAUCUCUUCCCACCUCUGCACUCAGUGUCGUCCUUUUGGUAGCUUGGCUUUAGUGGGAGCAUUUAUGCCCUGGAAAUUGGCAAACUCUACAAACCAGGGUUGUUAUUUUCUCAGAGAACCUGUUGUCAAAUACUUACCAGCACACCACUGUGUAUAUACGAAAAUAUAUCUGGACAAUUUAAAGUACAAACUACAUA